GGAGAGCCUCUGAUACGGCUGCAGAUUUCAAAGUGUUAUCUGAGGGUUGGAUCGUGCUUGGAUAUUUGUGGGUGAUUACAGCCUAUGACAGUGUAGACUGGUUGCAUAUGUACCUUACAGGAAGCAGCUACGCUGGGACGAGUGGCAUGGGAGUAUAUCCCCACCCCGCCACAUACACACACACUCCAGCCCGAAGCCAACAAACCAUAACACGCGCCUGCACUAUUCAUCUUAAACUGCAGCCGGACACCUCGCAUUGAUUGGAUAGGCCCACAGCCACUGAAAUAGUAUACAGUGUGUAAGACUCUAAAAUACUAUCUACUACAGAGCGUAAACAGGACAGCUCUUGCUUGUGAUCAGCUGGGUUUGCCUACAAGAACAAUUGCUCUAGUAUUACAGCAUCAGUGGCAGCUGGCUUUGACAGGUGUUUGCUGAAAACCACAGUUAUUAAAAGUUGAACUUACCUUUUUAAAGAGAUGUCCACACAGCCAACAGUUUUUCAAUAGGGGUUUGCCCAGAGUCUGCAAUUACGCACUUGUCAAGGACAUUCUAGAUUUGGACUAAGCAGUUGUCUGUCGACAGUACAUUAAGAGGGAAGGCUUUAAGAUUAGGACGAAGGAGGUCUCCUUCAGAUGAUGUGCUGGUACACCUAAUGGGCACACCUGAUCCUUGACACUGAUGCUCAGUGUGGUUUAAGAGGGGCUGAAAACAUGGACUGAGAGUCGACAUGAACAGACAAAAUGAGAGGCACAUAUUCCCACAUAUUGUCUUCAGAGAUUGCAAUCUUACUGCUGAUGUUCUGCAGCCUGAAGACAGCAAGUGUCAAACAGUUGCCAAGCUGGAAUGUGUCUUGUCCACAAGAGUGCAGCUGCAGCAUUCGCAUGUCACAGUACCUAAAUGUCGAGAGGAAGACUGUAGACUGCAGUUGGAGCAGCUUGGAUGAUAUUCCAUUGGGAAUUCCACUAACGGCACAAGUGCUAAUACUAAGCAACAACAACAUUACAUCGCUCCUAAAUCUGCCAGAGUUUCCCAGCCUUCUGGAGCUGGACUUGUCCAGUAACAAUCUACAGGACAUCAGUAGCAGACCAAUGUUUGGACGACUUGGUUCUCUUGUGUCUCUCAACAUCAGCAGUAACAACAUACAAGAGAUACACCAUGGUGCAUUCAGUGGUUUGAAACACAUGGAGAUUUUAGACCUAUCCUUCAAUUCACUGCAUUCCAUUGAACAUCAGGAUGCCUUUGCUGGACUCAACCAUCUGCAUAAGCUUUUCCUCACUGGCAACCAACUUACAUCCCUUGGCAAAGAUUGGCUUAAUGGAAUGGUUCACCUACAGGAGCUUCAUCUCAAUCAAAAUCAGAUAAGUGACAUCUCAGAGGGAUCUGUGAAUGUUCUGAAAGAUCUCAAACAAUUGGUCCUUUCUGACAACUUUUUAAAAGCGUUACCUGAAAAUGUAUUCAAAGGUCUGGGAAACCUAUACCUAUUGGACAUAUCUAAAAACAAUCUCACCAAAAUACCCACAAGGACGUUUCAGCAACUGUCCAACAGAACGGAACUUGUUUUGAACGGGAACCCAAUUAGAAGGGUUCACACCAAUGACUUUCUUAACAUGGAUGUGGAAAAUGUUUCUCUUAGUUAUAUGCCAAUACUUAGUCUGAUAGAGAAGUCAGCUUUCCACAACAUGACAAAUCUUCGCAUACUACAUAUACGCCAAAACAAGCAACUGUUUUUUAUUGAUCCAUUUGCGUUUUCAAAUGUACCACAUUUGCAGUGGCUGCUUGUGGACGGAAACCACCUGUCAGCCUUGCCACAACAGGUAGAAGAAAGUUUACCACAGCUUACAGAGGUGCAUGUCUAUGACAACCCUCUCUCCUGCGACUGUAAUAUUCACUGGAUACGCCAGCUUCUAGAGACACCAGAAAAUAACAGUCAGUCACAUAUCACCUUCCCACACUCUGAGAGGAUACUGUGUGAUAAUCUCACAGUGCCAGUCCCCCUAAUGGAAGUGCCAGUCGAAUCCAUCCCUGCUGUGUGUUCACCUGCAACCAUUCCCUUGUUCAAUGAUACGAAUCAGUUGGAAGUUGGAGAAACUUUACGCUUAGAGUGCCACGCGCUAGGCAUUCCCACACCAAAUAUGCAGUGGAUGCUGUCUAAUGGCAAACGGUUGAACAUCACCUCUGAAAAUGUGCGUGCAUCCCUCAUUGACGAUUCUGUGUUAAUUGUGCAUAAUAUCAAGGCAGAAGAUUCCGGUACAUAUGCAUGUGAAGCUAGCAAUGAGGUAGGAUACGACAUAAGCUCCACUGCUGUGAGAGUUCACAGCAGCAACAUUCGCGUUGUCAUACUUCACCAGUCAAAGACGUUCAUUACACUAACAUGGAACGGAACAGAUUCCACUGUGCAAUCAAGCGACUAUAAAAUUUUGUAUAACCAGGCUGGUUCAUCAAGUGGUCAAAAGGAAAUUCAUCUCCACCCAUUUCUAAGGAAGUAUACUAUCACCAACUUGACACCAGAUACUUCGUACGAGUUAUGUGUCGUUUAUGUACACAACUCUGUCUACCAUAAAGUACACUGUUUGAACAUUUCAACUCUUCAUGAAGCAUAUGUGCUCCAGGGCAUCACCAGAAUUAGUAAGCAAAAGAUCAUCAUGGGUGUCAUCAUUGUAUUUAGCUUAGGAGUCUUAGCAUGCGUUGCUGGUCUGAUUGUAAAAAAAUGGCGACGCAAAGGCUAUGAAAAAACAGACAAUGGCGAAAUAGCAGAAACGAUGUCUCAAAUCCCACUGGAAAAUCUGUAUCAACCUCCAAGCACUCCAUUGUGCACUUCUCGUACAUCUCUUCUGCCAUCAUCUCAAGCUUAACAUUAUAUGAACGGGUGACCACUUUCACGAUGUUGGUCCAGAUAUCACUAACGUUUUCCAAAUGCAUUGCCUUGAAAACUACAUUUCCAUGAAAACCUAAUACCCUGACGACUUCAAAAUGUACUUGUAUAGAUGAUCUGUUUACAAAAAAAUAUACACUCUAAUAAGGGCACGCAUUUUGACCAAGUCAAUCUCAUACACACUCUUAAUUAGGCCAAUGGCACUUGAUUCCUUUUUUCCCCCCAUCAGAAUAUUUUGAAAAAUUGGUGAGGGCAGCAGAAAUAUUAUCACUUUUCAUCAUCCGUAUUUUGGCUACAUUUUAUGAUAAUCUGACCUUCUGUUAAAAUUUCAUCAAGGACAUUCAAAGGAAUCAAGUAUGAUUUGCCAUCGGCCAUGUCAUAUCACUAUAUAGGUUCCAGUAACAGUCGUGAUGAACCAUGCCUUCAGAAUGCUUUCCAAAUCAAAUUGUGGGCUUCCAAACCAUCAAAUCUAAUCCAAUGCAUAAUACAGUGUUUGGGUCUAUUCCUGCAAACCACCUAUCGAAAGACUUAAAUUUUGUAAAAUGUGUCUUUGUGCAUAUUGUUUAGAAUAAUAAUCUUGUGGAAAGUUGUUUUCACAAGUUUUAUGAAACUGUGGAAAGUUAGUUUUAAACAUCAUUCUAUUUAUCAUCUUAGUUCCCAAAUACUCAUGUUUUCCUUACCAUUUCAGAUCUGUAUCACCAAAAACCCACACUGUAUUUGAAAAUCUACUGCUGUUUGUACAACUGCCACUGUAUGUUGCCUUGAUAGUAAUGCUACACACCUGGUGCUUACAAACAUUAAAAAAAAAAAAAAGAAACUCCGAGUCGGUUUGAAAAAAUUUCUUCCACUAUAAAAACCUUGCAAAAGCAAUGCAUUUCCGGCAAAUAACAUAUUUUCAUUUUUUCAUAAAUAUUUCCUUAUUUCCUUGGUAAAUUUGAAUGCAAAUACUUGUCAGAAACAUUUUUUUUUUCAGGAUAGGGAUGCAAUAGUGGUUAUUUCUAGUCAUCUCAACAACAGUAUAUAGUCUUUCAAACAAUGACCAAUGGGGUGCAUUUCCCCACCUCACAUGUCUAAAGUAAUUCAUGACUAAACUGUGGAAUCUUUUGUUCAUUCUUGCCUUUGCGAUGAUGUUUUGUAGGCAAACCACAUAGUAACAUGUUACUCUUUCACUGCAAGAGGACAAUGCUAUAUUCAGCUUGGACCUGAGUCACCAUUAUGUGCGACAAGGUACCCCGUUGGUGUUCUACAAAGUUCAUAAAUUAUAUGCAUGUAUUCAUACCAGCCCACCACUUACUAAUGCACAUCGUCUGCGUCAUGAAGUGUUACAUAAUAAAAGAUUUAUAAUUGAUGAUCUCUUGACUGGAGCAUGCCACUAGCUUGCCCGUGGAUUACCUGUGGAAAACCCAUGGGAAUGGUAAUGAGCUGGUUGUAAAACAUCAUUAUCUGUUCUAGCUCAAAUCCACAGUUAAACCAAAGCAGUGAAUGUAUAAUUCAACAGAUGAAGGCCAAUGAAUUGGUGCUGGAUGCUAAAUGUCAGCAAACUACUUGCUAGGGAACAAGUUAAUGGUGUUUCCGCUGUUUGCUAGCGUUUAUAUAUAUAAAACAAAAUGGGCUAUUAUGUAAUUCAUUUGAAUGCACUGUUUAUGUCAUACGGCACAAAGAACAACUGUACAGCUGAAAUGUUUGUUCAUUCAUGUACAUGUAAUAUGUAAAUUUUGUACAUUUUUACUGUCAAAGGAAUUUGAUGUUGCAUUAUCUAGUCACUUAGUGUAAUAAUCUUAAUGUUAUCUCUAUGCAAAGUCAUGCAAGCUGUUAUAAUUAUGAUUUGUGAUGACCAAAUUUUUGAUUUCUUCAUGGAAUUUUGCUUUCUGAGGCAUUUAAAGUUCAAUUCCUUCUAUAUUCAAACAUAAUCAAAUUUGUGAAGUCAAGACGUGACGUGAAUUCAUGUGUAAUCAAUAUGUACAUGUACAUUGUAUGGACAUCUAGUAUGUCAUCAUUUGUAAUCCUGAAUAUGAAAGAAAUUAAAAAUUAGUAAAAUGAAUAUGUGCAUACAAAAGUUUUCCAAUUAACAAUUAAUUACAGUAUCCAUGUUAUUUUUAUUCAGGCUUUUACAAUGGCUAGAUAAUUUUCUUGAUCUGCUCAACUAACCACUCAGACUCACAGCAAUCACUGAUACUUCAUACAGGUGUGAAUUGUACAGCUGGGAAAAGUGAAUUCAUGUGUCAAUGAUAAAUUUCUAUUUAUACAUUUACACUAUUUCUAUUUAUACAAGUAGGCUACCAUUCUUUUAUAUUAUAAGCGGUUUUUAACCAAACACUGCUGAAUGUCCAUUUUUAAUAACAGUGCAAUACAUGGACCACAUAAUUCCAAGCUUCCUUAAACAAUAUAAAGGAACUCUUUCCACUCAUCACAGUCACAAUGGAAACGUUGAACGAGGCAUUGUUUAAUAAACUAGACACAGUCCUAGAUGCUUUUUAUGAACAUUCAUAGUGUCAAUGUUCUUAAUUUUCCAGAGGCUACAUGACUGAUGACCAUUGCCAAGGUUCUCACUGACAUGAAAAUGUGUCACAAGAUAUACAGUGUACCUCAUGCACAUACAUAACCAGUAAGCAGAUUUAGAACAUUUAUAAGAUUUUUGCCUACAUACUUGCAAACCAAAGUUUUUUCUUGCCUAGGAUAUUCUGUAAUAAACAAUUUACUGCACAGUCCACAGAAACUAAAGCAAUUCCUCAUGAACAGUCUCUGUAAAGUACUGCUUCAAUAGUGUGAGAAUCCAUUGUAUCAAUCUGGAUCGUGUCAGCAGUACCACUGCUAUACACUACCACCUUUAACAUUCAUUGCUGUUUCCUGAAAUUCUCAAACCUGGAUCUAUCUAUCAUUACCAUUUCCCAUUUGGCAACAUACCACAAAUGAUCAAAAUAUACCCUAUGAAAUACGGAAGUGUUAGCUCAAUUAAAUUUUUUAAACUAUUUAAACUUUCACACAAUUUAACGCUAAUCCUUGUCAAUCUAGUCUGUUAUGAUUAUCCCUAUGCUAUUUUUGGAAUACUGCUGAUUAUAAUUUUUUUUCUUCUUGAACUAAGAUGAUUGGAGCUUGUAUGUACAGAUAUUGUCCUUACCACCAUAAAGUAUGUUUUCAAUCAAUGCUUGCAAAAAUGUUAAAUAUUUUUUACUGUAUCAUUUUAUGACAUACUAGGAAGUCCUUGGUGGCAAAGUCUUUAAGGUUAAAGCACAUGUAUAUCCUCCAAGGUGGUGUCAUAAAUAAAGCUAACUGUGCUGCCAUUUUUUACCCACAUUUUACUUCUGCAUGAGGUUAUAGACUUUGCUGCCGCAUAAACUGUAAAUUAUUCAUUGCAUGUUGAAGUGUCAUGUGAAAACUGUACAUUUGAGAGAACAAAGUCAUGAAAAAAAAUAAUAAAUGUGAUACUAAACUUGCAGUUUUGUUGCUGA